AUGGGAGAAGACCGCGGGCGGCCUAUCAAUCGAGCCAACAGCGAUGGACUCUCGUCGUUUUAUCGGUUUUUCAACUUUUACAGUGAAAUCCUUCAUCAAUAAAUUUACAGAGAGCGUUUUGGGAGCCAUUCCCCCGAAGAGUACCUGAAUUUACGCAUUUCGGGGAUCGACGAGCGGUUAGAAAGAGAUGAAAUCAAAAUGAAGUUAACACACGAGUUUCGGCGUUUCGCUCCGUUCGAGGUAGUUUAUAAACAGAAAAAUGAAUACUGGCUUUUACAGAUAAAAGUUGUAAGGAAUCCUGAGGAAGAUGAGCGAAUGGCAUAUGUGAAUUUUGAAAGAAGAGAUUGUGCAAGGAAUAUUAGGCAAGUUAUUUUAAAUAAUAAUUGUUAACCUCGAAUUUUUUUUUCAAAAAUCUGUCUGAAAAUUUUUAUAGUGUUCAAACGGGUAGAGCUUUUCAAGAAAUUGAAAUAAUAAAAAGUUUUCCAGAUAUAAAAUGAUGGACCGUCUACGAGAAGCUCUGGGAAAAAGAGUUUUGUGUGAUCCGGCUGGAAUUUUGCGAGAUCAGGAGGGUAAAUAUAUACCCGAUCGUUUCAACCGCUCACUACAGGUAUCAGAGAAAAAUUCAAUAGUUUCAAAAGUUCAUCAAAAUUUAGACGGAUCGCAGUUCUCGCGAUCGGAAAGGACCAAAAGAGCCUCCUCAGUGGCGUUUGAAAAACGACGAUUCUGACGCUACAAGGACUCUUUUCGUUGGAAAUAUGCCUGCCGAUGUCAGAGAAACGGAAAUUAGAAAGGUUUUUUUUUCUUGAUGUUUCUUUCUGAGGAUUUGAACCAAUGAAAAAAAAAAGUAUCUGUUGCGGACCCUUACAAGGGAAGUCAUUUUAAUGUGAAGUUGGGAAUUUCCUGAAAUUUGACCAGGACUUUGCUUGAUGCGCUAGAAGAUGAUCAACCAAUUUUCAUGCUCUGCAGCUUCUUCGUUUUCGAGAAAUAGGGGCUCCAAGUCCCAAAAUGGCUAAUUUUAACUGAUUUUGAGAUGUCAUUUUUCAAAAACUGAAAAUUUGUGUCGUGUAUUUUGGAAAUUCUCUCGAUACUAAUGGCCGUGGUUUUAUGUAAGACCCCUAAAAUAGACUUUUGAACAGCCUCUGUAAAGGAUUAGUUUUGUUUCAGGUUUUCGAAAAGUAUGGAAAAAUCGAGGAUAUUGACAUCAAAACACCAGUCAACACAGAUGCAGCUUACGCUUUCGUCAUGUUUCAAGUGAGUUUUCUUUUUUGGCUAUUCAAGACAAAAUUGCUCUCGAUUAGUUUAAAUACCCGUACAAAAUAUUUUUCCAUGAUUCAGCAGAGAACCUACUCUGAAGACUGAAUAAAACUUUCAAACUUUCAAACUUUCAAAAACUUUCAAAACUUACAAAAUAUUUCCGCGAAAUGAAAAUUGGCUCUCUAGUUACUUAUUUUUCACUCUCUAACGGUUAUUUCGAUUUGUUGCAGAGUUUUUAAAAGCGGUAUGAACCUUUUCUUUUCACUGUCUUUUCUGUUUGUCUUGUCGAAAACGAAUAAUUUUCGAAACAGGGAUAAAUUAACUUUAAAAUUUAUCCUAAAAUGUGAUUUAAGUCUCUGGAACAAGCGAUGGACGCAAAAGCUGAAGAACAAGAUCGUCCGAUCCGUCCAGGAAGUUCUCGGGUCAAAAUUGGCUACGGGAAAAGUCAGGUCAGAAGAAUCUGAGCAAGUAUAAUGAUAUCCUCAACUCGAAAAUACAUAUCUUUCAAACAAAAAAAUUUCGUCAUAGACCCAUUUUUUCUCAGACAAGGGCUUUCCUGAAACUUGCAAGCUAGUAAUAUAGUGAAAAAAAAAUAUAUUGAAAAUUAAUUUCCAAAAAAAAAUUGUUUAGUGUUUUUUUAAAGAGCUUCUUUGCUUCAAAACCUGUAAUAUAAUGACUUUUUGGAAGAUAAUUUACUGGAAAGAUUUCUUGAAAUCAUCAAUGAUGUUCUUUCCAAAAUAAAGUUAAAAUAAAAGUUUUCCCGAAGCAAAACUUUUUAUUCAAGGUUUCACGCCGACUCUGGGUUGGUGGCCUGGGAUCCUGGUGCUCCGCCGACAUGCUCGCCAAGGAGUUUGACCGCUACGGGAUGAUCGAGAAGCUCGACUACAACGUGAGACAGCCAUUGAUUGGAAUAAUUCAUCGAAUGACUGAAACAGGAAGGAGACGACGUCGCCUACAUCUGCUUCGAGGACACUCACGCGGCGCAGGACGCCUGUCGGGCCAUGCGGAAUUAUCCCCUCGGCGGCAGAGAUCGCAGCAUUAUGGUCGACUUCGCCAAGUUCGUUUACCUCAUUUUGACAAUUUGUUUUUAUGAAUAUUCAGGGAAAAAAGUAUAAUAGUAUAUAUUUGUCAUGAAAUUUUUUUUAGAAAUUCUGAAAAAUUAAAGGCUUUUAGCCCAGCGAUACAGUUUCCAAACUUGCAAGAUGAAGUUUUUCUUGGCUCCAAAAAAACUUUUUGGAGCCAAGAAAAAAACUUCCGUUUUAUAUAAUUUUUAUUUGUGUUCUUUCAGUUCGAUAUAACUUUUCAAAGCGUUGGUUUUCUAUGGUUUUUUUACAUUUUAAAAAAAUCGCAAAAAUGAUCGGUUUUUUUCUCACGAAAAGGAAUAAAAAUUGGACCGUUCUAGAGUCAAACAACAAAAAAAAUGUGGUCGAGUUUUUUUCUUGUCGAAAUAAUUUGUAUUGAAACGGGAUAUAUAAUAAUUAGUUCGUGGCAGCUUGGAAAUCUGGAAUAAAAUUUUCUCUUUAUUCUUAGAUUUUUAGAUAACCCAACUGCUCUGAAUUGAAAAAAAAAGAGAAAAAGCAUUUAGAGCACAAAAUUCUGACAGGAAAAUCUCUAAAUUCCUGUUUCAAAAAGAAAAACUGCCGGAUUAGAUCUUUCAAAUGUUCAGAGACGUGUUGGCCUCCCGAGACUCUGGUCGAAAAAGAAGGGCUUCAAGGUCGCCAAGCAGUCCUGUGGCGAUACGUUCUCCACCGGGCUCCCCUCGAGCUUCUGUCCGCACUUUCGAGGAUCUGGACGAAGAGUACGCGUCCACUUGGCAGGGACAAGUUUGUACUCCCAAAAAUCCUUUUAAAAAUCCAAUAUUAUUAUAGCUUUUCCUGAAAAAGAACGACUAUCCGGUCAAACUCUACCGUGUUUACGGGGCGGAGCGUCUGCUGCAGAAAUUGUUGCGUGACGAUGAUGGAAAUCCUCUGAAAGUGCAGAUCAGUCAAAGGUUUCAUUAUUGAAAUAAAGAAUUUUCAAAAUAAUAUUUUUCAAGGCUCUCCCUGCAAAACCAAGAUGCGUUACAAGAGAAAUUCUUGAACCAUUCGAGCAAGGAGAUGUGUCUGAUGGUUAUUACGGCUAAAAGGGAACUCGACGAUUUACGGCCUCUGAUUCGAUAUUUGGAUGAGAAGGAUGCAGCAGGUUUUUCUUCAGAAAAAUUUUAUUUGGCUUUCAAAUCUUUUCUUAGGAACUUCAGGGUGGUUCCUAUAGGGUUGUAGGGUCCGCAGCUAGGCGGCUUAAGCUCAAGUGGUCACUAUAGAUCCUUUUUAUUUUUCGUUCUGGCUUGAAAAUUUAAAAAAGACAAACUUGAUAUAUUAGUUUUUUUAGAGUUCAUACCCAUAAAAUUCUAGCAUACUCCCCUAAAGCAGUCACUUUUUGCAAGCUUUACUGGACCAUUUAGUGAGAGGGCGAGAGGCCUCUUGAGAAAAAUUUUAAUAUUUUUUUCAGGAAAAAAACAAAUUCAUGAAUUCCUGCUAUAUUAUUGUCUCAAACUAGCGAAUAAUAAAGUAACUAUUCUUCAAGAAGUGCUUUUUUUUUCCGAAAUCGUGUCGGAACCUUUUUUUUUUGAAUGUCUAUUUUUCCGCCGAUUGGAGAGGGUGUACGGUGAAGCAAACUUUGCAAAAAUGAAAAAAAAAAUUAAAAAAGAACCUUAAAAAAUAAUCGAAACUUAAAGUUAGAAAAUUGGACUAAAUAAGUUUCCAGCGUAAAUUUUGAUGUGCGAAAACAUAAAUAAGGCAAUAGUAAAAACUUUAAUGAAAAUGAGAAUGAACCUACGUCAUUUUAUGCAGUCUGGUUCUCUUUCAAGCAUUUUUUCUCAUUCGAUUUUUCUUCAGGAUUUCAUUUUCUGUCUUGAAAUAAAAAUCAGAAAGAAAGGAAGCGAUGGGUUUUUUAAAAAGAGAAACUGACCUUUGCUUCGCCAAUGUUGCAUAUGAUGCAAGGUUAUGAAAUCUUGACCUUUGCACCAACUACUCCAUUAUUUUCAGGCGUGGUGUCAAUAAAAGACGGCGUGUUCUACGUGAUCCCGCACAGCGGAAUGGUGGAAAGAGUGGUGGCGGCGAAGGCCCCGGGGGUGCGCCUCUUUUCCGGCGACUGCCCCUUCCUCCUCGGAGUUCUGUGCAACUCUUCCGCGCGCUCCCAUUCCGGCGACUGA